AUGGCGAGGAAGAAUGACUCUAAUCCAAAAGUAAAUGAGGAACUUAGGAAAAGAUUGCCAACUCCAAAUCAACACAGUUACACAGAAUUGAAAAAGAAGCGUACAGCUUCAUUUGAGGGACUCUUCUCUGAAAUCGUCAAGCAAAAACUGGACUCAGUGCCAGAUCAAACAAGUUCAGAAGAACAAAUGGAGAACUGGUUAAAAGAAACACGCAUCCUGGAACAGAAAAAAGAAGACUCCUGUGUUGAGUUUCAGUUUCAUCAGAAUUCUCAAAAAAACCCAGAAUUUUUCAUCCAGGCAGAAGCUGAGGCACUGAAACUUUCAGAUUGGCCAGUAACCAGUCAAAGAGGAGGAGCCCAAAAUUAUUGUAAUUCCAGUCCUGAAGAGUCAAGCACCAUAGAAAGACAGGCUAACAGGAUGCUCCCUGAAUUUAUAUCCCCAUGGAAGGGUGCUGCAGAUUUAGGUGGAAAAACAGAAACUGCAUUCCUUUUAAAAGAAUUGGACACUCUGAGGGCCAAAAAUAAAAAGCUUCAAGAUAAGCUGUCUGAAAAGGACAAGGAGCUGAAGACAAUAAAACUGGACUUAGAACUGCAAGAGAGAGCUACAGAAGCUAAGAUUGCAGAAAAGAUUGCAGCUCUGGUGGAAGAAGUUUAUUCUGCUCAACGGGAACGUGACAAGGCUGUCAUGGCAAGGCUUAGGUUAGCCAAUGAAGAGAGAGAUGAAGCAUUUCUACGAGUCCGGCAUUUAGAAGAGUCUCUCAAAGAGCUAGAAAAUAUUAACCCUGAAGAAAAUGACAUGACAUUACAGGAAUUACUGAACAGAAUAAACAAUGCAGACACAGGGAUAGAUAUACUGAAGAAUGGAGCUAUAAUUCUGAAUCGAAUACACAGGACCAAGGAACAUAAAAAGAAAAUAAUAGCUGAGGAAAUGAAUGCAGUAAUAGAACAACGGGAUGCUGCUUUGUCUCAAUGCAAACGGCUGGAGCAGGAGCUUCAUCAUCUGAAAGAGCAGAACCAGACUUCAGCAAACAACACGAGACAUCUGACUGCUGAAAACAAUCAAGAACGUGCUCUGAAGGCAGACUUGAUAGCCUUGCAACAAGAAAAAGAGGCUACUCUUCAACAGUGCAAAAAAUUAGAAGGAGAAAUCCAAACAUUGCGUGUUUAUUACAGCUUAUACAAAUCUUUGUCUGAAGGAAUGAGUCUGAAGGACCAGCUUAACUGUACUUUUGGUACUUCUGAAGGUGGACUGCAAGGCAGGGAGGAUGUUGUGACCCUUACCUAUUGCCAGAUUGAGGAUCUGGCAGCUCAGCUGCAGCAAGCUCGGUCAGAGCAAAAGGACACAGAGUUGAAGCUCCAGAAAGCCCUGGAGGCUUCACAGGAGGCCAAUGAAAAAGUUCAGAAGUUGGAAAGGCUGGUGGACGUCCUGAGGAAGAAGGUUGGAGCAGGGACCAUUAGGACCGUGAUCUGA